AUGGCUGGAAGGAAUGACGCUGCAAUGGCUGCCGCAAUGCAAGCGAUGGCACAAGCUGUGCAGAACUUGCCAAAUGCUGGUGGAGAUGCUGGAUCACGUAGCUUGGCGACUUUUCAAAGAGAGAAUCCGCCGGUGUUUAAAGGGAAGCAUGAUCCAGAUGCAGCCUUGGGAUGGUUGAAAGAGAUCGAGAGAAUCUUCCGUGUUAUGGAUUGCACUCCAGCUCAGAAGGUUCGGUAUGGUACUCACAUGCUAGCAGUCGAAGCUGAUGACUGGUGGCUAGAGACUCACGAGAGGUUGACCGUGGCAGGUGAAGUCAUUACUUGGGAUGUAUUCCGUAGGGAAUUCAUGAGAAAGUAUUAUCCGGAAGAUGUUCGUGGUAAGAAAGAAAUUGAGUUCCUUGAGCUGAAGCAAGGAAACAUGUCUGUCACUGAUUAUGCUGCAAAAUUUGUGGAGUUGUCCAAAUUUUAUCCUCAUUACACUGGUGCUGGUGCUGAAUUUUCAAAGUGCAUCAAGUUUGAAAACGAAGACAAUAAUGCUCAUUACAAGAUUGUCAGUGACCGCAGGGGCAAGCAACAUCAAAACCGUGGCAAGCCGUAUGAUGCUCCAGUGGGAAGAGGGAAACAAGGAGCUGCUCCGGCUCAGAGGACUAGUAGGGGAGGUGCUCCUGCUGGUAUAGUUUGCUUCAAAUGUGGUCAGGCUGGUCAUAAGAGUAAUGUAUGCACUGCUGAAGUAAAGAGGUGUUUUCGCUGUGGUAAGACUGGCCAUGCAAUAGCUGAUUGCAAGCACAAGGAAAUGAUUUGUUUUAAUUGUGGCGAAGAAGGGCAUAUUGGAAGUCAGUGUCAGAAGCCAAAGAAAUCUCAAACUGGAAAGGUGUUCGCAUUGAUCGGAACUCAAACCUCCAGUGAGGACAGACUUAUCCGAGGUACAUGUUUCAUAAAUGGUACUCCUUUAAUUACUAUUAUUGAUACCGGUGCUACACACUGUUUUAUUUCUGCUAACUGUGCUCGAAGACUGGGUUUAAAAUUGUCCGCUUUGGAUGGUGAAUUGAUUGUUGAGACCCCAGCUAAGGGAUCAAUAACUACUUCUUUGGUAUGUUUAAAAUGUCCUUUGUCGAUCUUCGAUAAAGAUUUCUAUGUUGAUUUAGUAUGUUUGCCGUUGGAUGGGAUGGAUGUAAUUCUUGGUAUGAACUGGUUAGAGUAUAAUUAUGUUCAUAUAAAUUGUCAUCAUAAGUCGGUGAGGUUUUCCACUCCUGAAGAGGAAGGAGUUGACUUAUUACCUUUCAGAGAAUUGCGAAAAUUGAUGAAAGAGGGAGCUCAGAUGUUUUCUUUGAUGGCGACGUUGUCGGUUGAGAGUAAAGCUAAGAUUGAGGAACUGUUAGUGGUGAAAGAAUUCCCUGAAGUUUUUCCUGAUGAAAUUCCUAGUGUGCCACCAGAGAGGGAGGUUAAAUUUACUAUUGAUCUGGUACCUGGCGGUAAACCGGAAAUUGAAAAUGGCUAUGCGCAGGACGGAUCAAAGCACUACUUUUUCCAGAUUUUUGUGAGCUUCUUCCGUGUUCUUGUGUUCUUCGACGCCGACUUCGGUUACGAGCUUUUCUCAACGAAAAUACGCGAAUGA